AUGGCGACCUCGAACGCGACGCUCGGCGAGCGUGACGACGCCGCGAUCGCUGGCAUCCAGAAGCUGCGCUUCAACCCGCUCGCCGCACGCGGUGGGCGCGGAUCGUACCUCACGGCCGACGACGGCCGCGCCAUCCUCGACCUCUCCGCCUCGGCGACGGCGGCAAGCCUCGGCUAUGGCCAUCCCGCCGUGAUCGAGGCUGUGACCAAGGCGAUGGCCGACAUGGCGGGCGCGAGCCUGCUCAUGUAUCCGAACGAGCCGGCGGCGGCCCUCGCCGAGGCGCUGCUGGAGACGAUGCCGGGAGACGCCGAGCGACGCGUCUGGUACGGCCAUUCGGGCUCCGACGCCAACGAUGCCGCCGCCCGCGUGCUGGAGGCGGCGACCGGCCGCCCCCGCUUCAUCUCCUUCAUCGGCUCCUACCACGGCGGCGUGGCGGGCUCGAUGAGCAUCUCGGGCCACACGGCGAUGACCCACACGUUGCCCCGGCCCGGCCUGUUGCUGCUGCCCUACCCCGACCCCUACCGGCCGCGGUUUUCGCCCGAGGCCGUGCUCGACAUGCUCGACUACCAGUUCGAGACGACCUGCCCGCCGGAGCAGGUAGCGGCGGUCUUCAUCGAGCCAAUCAUGUCGGACGGCGGCUUGAUCGUGCCGCCCGCAGGCUUCCUCAAGGCGCUGGAGGAACGCUGCCGGAGGCACGGCAUCCUCACCGUCCUCGACGAGGUCAAGGUGGGCCUGGGGCGCAGCGGCGCGCUCCACGCUUUCAGCCACGAAGGCAUGGAGCCCGACAUGGUCGUCCUCGGCAAGGGUCUCGGCGGCGGGUUGCCGCUGUCUGCGCUGAUCGGGCCGGCGGCGAUCAUGGACCAUCGCCCCGCUUUCGCGAUCCAGACCACGGGCGGCAACCCGGUCUGCACCGCCGCGGGUCUCGCCGUGCUCCGCACCGUGCUCGACGAGGACCUCCCGCGCCGCGCCGCGCAGGUGGGUACGGCGCUGAUGGAGGGUCUCAGGCAGCUCGCCGAGCGGCACGAGAUGAUCGGCGACGUGCGCGGCCGCGGCCUCGCGAUCGGGGUCGAUCUGGUGACGGACCGCGAGAGCCGCGCGCCGGUCCCGGCGACCACGACGGCCAAGGUGAUCGUGCGCGCCUACGAGCUCGGCGCGAGCUUCAUCUAUGUGGGGCUCGCGGCGAAUGUGCUGGAGAUCACGCCGCCGCUCGUCUUGAGCGAUGCGGAAUGCGAGGAAGGCCUCGCAAUUAUCGACAAGGCCCUCGGCGACGUCGCGGCGGGCCUGGUCCCCGACGAGGCCGUGCAGGCCUACAUGAACUGGUAA